AUGUCAGCGCACAAAAUAGGCUCCCUCUUGUUCUGCCCCAACUGUGGGACAUUGCUCGACCUACCGAAAGACGGAGAGGCAAUCGUUACUUGCGAACAAUGUCACCAUGAAGAGCCUGCUAGCUCCUAUGAGAACAUCGUUAUCACGACACGGUCACACCCCGAUGCGUUUCCUUCGCCACUGCAGCAAAAACGCAAAACACUAACCAAACGGCACGACCAAGGCGAUCAAGGAACGCUGGUAGCAGAGAAGUGUCCAUCCUGUGGACACAUGGAGGCCUAUUCGAAGGAGAUGCAGUUGCGGAGUGCAGACGAAGGCUCGACGAUCUUCUACACGUGUGCAUCUUGCAAGCACGGGUGGCGUGUCAACAACUGA